UAUCGGCCCAGAAAAACAAAGAUCAGCCGCGCUCUCUCCCGUCCGGCGGCGCGUCUCGUUAGUCUCCGUUCACCGGAAAGUCGAAACUUCCGUUGCAGGCGGAGGGGUAUAACGCGAAUUCAAGAAUGAAGUCGAUAUCACCACCAGUCUCACUUUCUACUCCCAAGUUCUUAUUGCCUAUCUUCACCUCACCUUCUCAGUCUCCACCUUUCAUAGUCGCCGCCGCCGCUCAGCCGCGAAAGGCACCCGCUUCAAGGCGCUCUUCAAGGUCAAUUAAAACCCCAACUCCUACUCCCACGUUAGAGCCCGUCACAACUCCGCCCAUAGAAGCUUCCACCCCUAACAAAAAGGUUCUGGUGCCGAUUGGGUUUGGGACAGAAGAAAUGGAAGCUGUGAUAAUGGUGGAUGUUCUGCGCCGGGCUGGUGCUGAGGUGACUUUGGCGUCUGUGGAACCGGAAUUGGAGGUUGAAGCUUCUGGGGGCACUAGGCUUGUUGCUGACACGCUCAUAUCUGCUUGUUGUCAUCAAGUGUUUGAUCUUAUUGCUUUGCCAGGUGGAAUGCCUGGCUCUGUGCGUUUGAGAGAUUGUGAAAUUCUCAAGAAUAUUAUGAGCAAGCAAGCUGAAGAAAAACGGCUAUAUGGUGCCAUAUGUGCUGCUCCAGCAGUUACGCUGUUGCCUUGGGGCCUUCUUAAGAGGAAACAGUCAACGUGUCAUCCUGCAUUUAUGGGCAAGCUUCCUGCCUUCCGGGCUGUAAAGACUAAUAUCCAGGUGUCGGGUGAGCUAACAACGAGCCGUGGUCCUGGUACAUCUUUUCAGUUUGCCAUCACUUUAGUGGAGCAGUUGUUUGGUGAAGCUGUUGCCAAAGAAAUCGGAGAAGUAUUGUUAUUGAAUGGUCAUGAUGAAGAUCCUAGAAAACAAGAAUUCAACGAGGUUGAAUGGUCUCUUGAUCAUACCCCUCAAGUUCUUAUUCCAAUUGCAAAUGGAUCUGAAGAGAUUGAAGUGGUUACGAUCAUAGAUAUCUUAAGGCGGGCAAAGGUCAAUGUUGUGGUAGCAUCGGUAGAAAAAUCUGCAGUAAUCUUGGGAUCAAAAGGCGUAAAGAUUGUGGCAGACAAGUUGAUUGACAGUGCAGCUGAGUCGAUGUAUGAUCUGAUAAUCCUGCCGGGAGGAGAAGUUGGAGUUCAGCGGCUUCACAAGUCGAGGACUCUGAAGAAGUUGCUAAAGGAACAAGAAUCGGCUGGAAGAACAUUUGGUGCGAUGUGCUCUUCAUUGCCUAUAAUACUGCAGAAACAGGGCUUGCUCAAGCAGGCCAAAAAAUCCGCUGCUCAUCCCUCCAUCGCCACGAGCAAGCUCGAUGAUGUUCCAAAUGGUGCCCGGGUAGUUGUUGAUGGUAAACUGAUCACAAGCAAAGGGCUUUCUACCGCAAUAGAAUUUGGACUGGCCAUUGUAAGCAAGUUCUUCGGGCAUGCAAGAGCGAGGAGCGUAGCAGAAGGUCUUGUUUUUGAGUACCCGAGGAACUAAGAAUUCCAGUUCUUUAGCAGCAAAACCAUAAACUCCACUCAACAAGGCGCUCUCGAGGCCACUAAAGAUCAAUCUAGCAAUGGCGACAACAAUGCAGCAACAGGUUGAGACAGAGAAACCGCUGCAGCCAUUGGAAGCUAAGGUAAGCACCAAGUUCCAUGUAAAUUUUUGCUGAUAAAUACCUGGAAGAACAUGGCAUCAUCUUGCUCUCAACUAACUAUUAGUGGCCACCAUUGUUGGCUCAAAGUAUGCUCACGAAACCGACAAUCAUCAUGAAAAUGUCAUUGAGAUAUAUGUUGUAAUUGAACAUUAUAUUUGAUGAAAUUGUACAUCAUAUGACUUUACAAAUCAUGUACUUUUCACUUGCAUAGAGUGAAAUUAGUUUAUUGUGGAAGAGAAAGUAAAGUAAUACAAUAUAAAGGUUUCCCCAA